UUGCAGCCCAGAGGAAAUCAGUAGUUAUACCUACAUUGAUCAAAGCGUCUAUUCACGGUCAGACCUCAGACGCUUGUGAAAUUUUGUUCGCGUGAGUGUUAGUCACUUAAAAUUGUAAAGCUAUGGGUGUUCCUGCUGGUGAUCCAGAGAAAGGCAAAAAGCUUUUUGUACAAAAAUGUGCACAAUGCCAUACAAUUGAAGCUGGUGGUAAACACAAAGUAGGACCUAAUCUUCAUGGAGUAAUGGGUAGGAAAACUGGCCAAGCUCCUGGUUACAGUUACACGGAUGCAAACAAAUCCAAAGGUAUCACUUGGAAUAAGGACACUUUAUUCGAAUAUCUUGAGAAUCCAAAGAAGUACAUUCCUGGUACAAAAAUGGUGUUCGCUGGUUUGAAAAAACCACAAGAACGUGCUGAUCUAAUUGCAUAUAUUGAACAAGCAUCGAAGUAAGCUUGAUACCUAGGAAAACUGAUAAAGCACGCUAGACGUGUUUAGCGGGUAUAGAGGAAUUUAGUACUAAUAUCAUCUCAAACCUCAUGAACAUCCCGCUACAUUUCACUCAACUCAUUCAUUGAUUUUCUCCGUCUGGUACUCAAACGUUUACAAAGUCUGAAUAGUGACAAAUUAUUGUUAAUUAUAAGUAGGUGUAUCAUGCAUGUAACUUAUGUACAUUGACAGGAGUUGGACUAGAUCUGACUCUGCUUCAUCGCUAAAGAUAUUUUGGUGCUCUCUCACGGUGGUUGAGCCAUCCGUAGAUUGUGCACUAUUAUUUAUUUGUGAUUGUAAACUGUUGAAACUGUUCUAUGAAUUAUUGAACUGUAAUGCAAGAGUAUGCAAAUACAGAUUCAACAAUGAAUUUGUAAUGUUCAUUUUUGCUAUAUUAAGAAACAAUAAGUAUACCAAUGUCAAAAAUAUGGUAAAGUACAAAAUGGCACUGAAGUGAUACGCCCUAUCAAUAAUUUGAAUCUAAAUCUAUUUGAUAUUAAAAGAAUUGUAUUAAUUACACAAAGGAGGAGCAAAUAGUAUCUAUAGUAAAAUAUUAAGAACCCUAUUCAAAACAAAUGAAUGGAAGUAAAAUAAAUUAAAUAAUUACGAACAUA